AUGAAACCUGAUCUUUAUUCAAACGGCAUUUUAAUCCACAAAAUAUUUCGAACCCAGAAAUGGUUUAUGUUUCGAGAGCAAGCGUAGAUCAGCCUCUCCAUCUCUUUCCAUGGCGGCUGCUUCCUUCAAUUCCCGGCUGUUACUUCUUUCAUGUCCCAAUUACUCAACUGGGUUCCAUGGACGACCCAGAAUCUCAGUGGCCAAACUUGACAAGACUGCGAUGAAGACAUCAUCAGUUGCUUUCAGUAUCAACCCAGCCUCACAUAAAUGGCCCCAAAAAGGGAGAAUCCUGCUCCCAAGUAAAGCCAUAGGCGCUGGUUCUAGGUUCUUGCAAGUGAGCCAGAAUGAGUUCAGAACUCAUCGUCAAAUGCUCAAGAAACCCAUGGGUGCGAAUGGCGAGACUCUUUCUGUUGGAUUUCAAAGCGUUUUUGGGGUUUUGCAUCUCGCCAUUUCACUGGGGAUCAUCGUAGCGAUGGAUAAAUUCUUGAAACGGGCCUUUGUAGCCGCUGCCAUUAAGUUCCCAAGUGCCCUUUUUGGGAUGUUUUGUGUGUUCUCCAUUCUGAUGAUUCUUGAUUCUGUUGCUCCUUCUGCUGCGAUGGGUUUGAUGAAGUUCUUCGAGCCGGCAAAUCUGUUUAUUCAGAGAUGGCUCCCGCUGUUUUACGUUCCAUCUUUGGUGGUUUUACCUCUGGCUGUGAAGGAUAUCCCUGCUGCUUCAGGGAUUAAGAUCUUUUUCAUCCUGGUUGGGGGUUGGCUGGCUUCACUUUCUGUUGCAGGUUACACAGCUAUAGCUGUAAGGAAGAUUGUAAAGACAGAAAUGGUAGCUGCAGAGCCUAUGGCAAAACCUUCUCCAUUCUCACGAAUUGAAGUUUUGGCAUGGACAGGGAUUUUUGUUUCAUCAUUUGCUACAGCAUUGCUAUAUCCAACAGCACUUGGAACAAAUGCAAGAACUUGCCUUCCUUUCUUACUUGCAGCUACCGUGCUAGGUUACAUGGUUGGCUCUGGGUUGCCAUCUGAUGUCAAGAAGGUCUUCCAUCCAAUUAUAUGUUGUGCACUAUCUGCAGAUCUUGCUGCAUUUGCUUUUGGGUAUUUGUCCCAGUCUGGACUGGAUGCUGUUCUAGGAUACUACCUCACAAAAGUAUCAUCUAAUCCUGGAGCUGGUGACAUUCUAAUGGGAUUUUUGGGAUCUGUAAUUAUUUCUUUUGCUUUUUCAAUGUUCAAACAAAGAAAGCUUGUCAAGAGGCAUGCGACAGAGAUUUUCUCAUCUGUGAUCAUAUCAACAAUAUUCUCAUUGUAUUCAACUGCUCUCAUAGGGCGUCUUGUCGGGUUGGAACCUUCUCUGACUGUAUCUAUUUUACCCAGAUGUAUAACCGUGGCAUUAGCUCUCAGUAUUGUAUCCUUUUUUGAAGGUGUCAAUGCAUCUCUAACAGCUGCUGUAGUUGUAUUAACGGGUCUGAUAGGAGCAAAUUUUGUGCAAGCAAUGCUUGAUAAACUUCGCUUGAGUGAUCCUAUUGCUCGUGGAAUAGCAACUGCCUCUAGUGCUCAUGGAUUGGGAACAGCAGCAUUAUCAGCAAAGGAACCUGAAGCUCUCCCAUUUUGUGCCAUCGCCUAUGCGCUCACUGGUAUAUUUGGCUCAUUGAUUUGCUCAGUACCAGCAGUAAGGCAGAGCUUGCUUUUUAUUGUUGGGUGAAACUACCUGCCACUAAUCUGUGAUCAUGUAUGGGUAGUGGUAUCAUUACACACAUCUCUUGGAGUAAUUUUUCAGCUUUGCAGAAAAGAUUAUAUUAGUGAAAUGGUCUGGAAAAUACAGCCCAUCAGCAUCAAGAGCAUCAGUCUUUUGCAGUAUGGCGUCCAUAAGCUCAGAUUUUUAGAUCCAGUCAUUCACAAGGAGACUAUUGGAUCCAUGAGAGAAUAUAAAAUAAAGAAUUAAAUUUUAAGGCUUUCACCUCAUAGAUUCAUAUUUUCCCUUAGAUCUCUUUCCCAUAUGCCUUAUUCUAUGCUUCAGAAAUUCAAUCAUAAUAUGCAGGAGGAUCCUAGUAGGGACACUAAUCUCUUGGCUUUAAAUUCCACUUCAGUUGUAGUGUUACUGUCAAAUUAUUGUGAAUCUCUCAUAGAAGCUAGUAAAUUGGAAUUUCCUUAA